AUGUUUGAGGGACCACAAACAGAACCGCUGGAUUUAACAAUGUUAAGAGUGUGUGGUGGACGGAUUGAACCACCAGAUGCAUCAAUAGCAGAAACGAGUGGGGGACAAGCGGAACUCAGCGAAACUGAUCAGGAAGAUGCAGCAAGGUCAUUGAACUUACCAAUUCAAGAAGCGAGUAGGAAACAAACAAGUGUAGGAAAUAUGCCAAAGAAAAUCUGGCUUACGAGGUAUCAAAAUGAAGCAUCCAACAACCAAAUACUCAGAAGGAAAAAUCCAGAAAAUACGAUUCAUACAGGUGAGAAGCGGUUCAAAUGCGAAAUAUCCAAGAAAGAUUUCGAUGUGCCAUCAAGCAUACAUAUGAUGAAUCAUACUGGUGAGAAACAGUACUCUUGUCCGCAGUAUGGGAAGAAUUUCACCCACACAACGAGUCUGAAUGCACAUAAGAAAAUUCAUACCG